ACCUUCCUUUCCCACUUGCUCAUGAAAAGUCACAAGCGCUACUCAAUACAUAGCUCUUCAUUAUCCGCACACAGCGGUAGCCCUCAGUGAAAUCCUCACAAGGUCAUAGCGCUCUCUGCGACAAGCAGAUUCCAUUAACAUCGAUUAUCAUGGAUGGCCAGAAGAUAGCAAAAGAGGUUUAUGGCCUGGCGCACUCGAAAGAACCGGUCGCUCCACUCGUGAAAGAGGCGCUGGAUGUUAUUGAUCAGGUGUUGGACCAUUAUGGACAGGAGCACAUAUCAUUGAGCUUCAAUGGAGGAAAGGAUUGUACAGUCUUGCUGCACCUGUAUGCAGCAGCCCUAGCCCACCGUGUGGGAGCUUCACAGGGGCUAAAGCCAGUCCCCGCGAUCUACAUUCCCGUCCCAUCACCAUUCCCGGAGCUUGAAGUGUUCAUUACAGAGACUUCUAGGCUUUAUGGUCUCGACCUAUAUACUUGUGCCCCAUCUUCAGAUGCCUCAAACCGGCUUCCCGUGGAAAGCGUCACUCCAGGCAUACCCGGUACACCUUCGGGUCUUACUAAUGGCAACGGCCAUAUCAAGGACCCCUUGUCACAGCCUGUUGGCAUGUCGCGGGGAGGUGAAGGAAUGAGGAGGGCAUUAGCCAUUUACAAAGAGAGACUUCCUCACAUUCAAGCUAUCUUGAUUGGGACUCGGCGAAGCGAUCCACAUGGUGCUACACUCUCACACCGCAAUAUGACGGACCCUGGUUGGCCCGUAUUCGAGCGCAUCAACCCCAUCAUAAACUGGUCGUACUCUGAUAUUUGGGCCUUCCUGAAGGCACUCGAUAUCCCAUAUUGUAACCUGUAUGAUCAAGGGUUCACAUCACUCGGAUCGACAUACAAUACUUAUCCUAACCCUGCGCUCCUUAUUCCUGUCUCGGGUACCCCGUCAGGCAACUCCUCUCUCCCGUCCUUCACGAUCAUCGCCGCCGACCCGAGUACAAUCUGUUUCACCGAAUCGAGUCACGUAUCCGCAGUUCCGCUUGCUAUGAAUGGCCACACAAACCACGCAGAUUCAUCUAAUCAGCCUCGGUACAAGCCAGCUUAUGAGCUCGUUGAUGGAAGUCUGGAACGUGCCGGAAGAAGUUCAGCUACUACAGCAUUUGCGUCUCAUUGUUGAAUAUCUUCUAUUUGGUUGUACCUGUUAUCUUUCGAAAGUAUCACGAUUGUUUGUAAUAAGAUAAGAAGCCUGUUAGAAGCACCUGUUGUAUGUAUUGUGUGGUCUUAGUUGUCUCUGUAACUUCGAGUUUAUCUGCACUUUCAAUAUCAUUCAUAUUCCU